GCCACCCGUCAAGUUUGACCUGCAGGUGCCCGUUCUUGCCAUGGGCAGUCACAGGAGGAGGAAGAGAAAUAAGGAUAAGAGUCAAUUACUUCACAACCCUUGGGUUGAUGAGUCCAACUCAACUGAAAAUGGCUCAACAGCCGUUCCAAUACCAGUAUGCACAGCUUCCUGUGUUCCAAUGGAGAACUUUUGACCGACAAACCCUCACAUUUUCUUCUCAUCCUAUCAUACCACCUGAGCGGAUGUACCCCAGCAAUCCAUAUGCUGACAAUCCCUUCAAGAACGAAGGACUUCCGCUACCAGAACAUAACAAUAAAGCAAUAUCAGAAGUAGUGCAGGAAUCGUCGCCGCCGGACAUGGAAGUGGUUGGUGAAGACAGUGCGGAAGAUUAUGACGAUGCUAAGAGCACAUCUACUGCAGAUGCAGUUGUCGAUGAUCCGAUAAUACUGGACGAAUCAAAAGCUGAACCUGAGGAAGAGAAAGGGGCCGAAUUUGCCAGCGCCGACGGCAAUGAAGGCAAUGAUCACCCUCAGGAUGAUGGUCCCAACGACGGAGUAGACGGACCACACGAAGAUUCAGCUGACUCAGCUGCUCAAGCAGGAGGAAGCAGUGCAGAGGAGGUGCCCGAAACUGAAGAGCCUCCUGCUGUGGAGGCUGCCAGCGACGACAAACCCUCAGAGCCAGAGACAGUGGUGGAGAUAGUCGAAAAGAUGCAGGAGGCCGACGCUCCGCCAGAAGAGAUCACUGAGGUUCUAGAGCAGGCAAUGUCGGAAGUUGACGCAAGGUCUGACGACGAGGAACCUGGAAAGGGGGACAAUGAUACCACUGAAGUGGCAGUAGGGGAAGCGCCUGAAGACACAACUGAAGAGAAGCAGGGAGAAUCAAGCGAGUCUGAGCCUGGCGGUGAGCAGAAAGAAAAGCCUGACGAGAAAGCAGAAGUCUCGGUAUUGGAUGAACCUCCAGCAGAAGACGCCGCCGCAGCCGCCCCUGUAGCAACAGACGAAAACUCACCUGCACAGGAAGAUGAAGUGGCGGAAGACGGCCCUACCGAAGCGCCGGUGGCGACUGGUGCUCCCGAGAAGGAAGACGAGGGUCAAAGUAAAGAGGAUCAGAUGCGCGACACUCCAGACGCGUCAGCACUCGAGGGAAUUGCGGAUGCUAAGGAGGAACAUCCAGCCAUUGAGGAGCCUGUAGAAGAGCCUGCCGUAGGUGACAAGCCUUCCGAUGAUCAUGCUGAGGAUGCCUCGGCCGACGCACCAUCAGCAGAAAAUACAGAGCCUGCCACUGGGGAUCAGCCCGAAGGCAAUGUCGGCUCCUCUCCAGAAGUGGCUACCAGUGACGAGUCGCGGGCGAUCGACGAGAACCCGGCAAGCAGUGGAGAUCCUAUUCCUGCAAAGGACGAUGAUACCGAGGCCGCACCAGCAGAGGUUCAGGAAGAUUCAGCCGCACCCGAAGACGAAGACAAAGCUAUCGAACCUGGUGACAGUGCCGAUGCAGCAUCUGAUGAUACUACCAGAGUGGAGCCCUCAGCUCCAACUGAGGAUAAAGAGCCGCCAGAUAAAGAAACGGCACCUGAAGACCCCGUUCCAGAUGCUGACUCCGCUGAUCCACCAGCUGAAGAAUCUCCCUCUACAGAUACUUCACCUGAGGAACCCGCCGCGGAGGAGCCGGCUACAGAGCCACCUCCUGCGAAAGAAGAAUCCUCAAGUGAGGAGGCCGCACCUAGAGAGGACGCGCUACCUACUGAGGACGAUUCUGGUGCCAAGCAUGAAGCUUCUGCUGAAGACACACCCAUAGAAGACAGUACUCCGGCCGAGGAUGCCGCUCCAAGUGACGAUAUCAAUGCGGAACCGCCCGCCACUGAGGAAGCUGGCUCGCUUGAGGAACCAGCUGAAGAUGGAGUGGAUGAAGAGCCCCCCAAUGAUGACGCUCCGGACGAAGGCGCAACUCCUGACGAAGCGCCUACCACGGACAUACCUGCCGAAGAAGCAGCCGCAGAGGGGGCCCCUGUUGAGGAGGCUGUCGACCAAGUAGUAGAACCCGCGGAAGCGUCAGAGGAAAAGGAUGCAGAAGAACGUCCUACAGCAGAGGACACAGCAACAGAGGGCGCGCCAGCAGAGGCACCACCGCAAGACGAAGCGGCAGCGGAGCCCAUCCCAGAAGAUGCAAACGCUGAAGAACCACCAGCAGACGACGCACCCGUUGAGGAAGCCCCUCCUGCGAAACCUGCAGUAGACGGAGAAGAGGCUAUUGCUGAAGAUGUUGUUGCCGAAGAGGCUAUUGCUGAGGAUGCCAUGGAAGAAGGGGCUGCAGCUACCCUUGCUGCUACAGCCGCUGGGUCUGCUUCGUCUACUUCUAACAAAGGACACAGAGAAAUACGGAGACGACGACGAUAUAGUACGCAGGAAAUUGACUUGCACGGACAUAAAGCCAAACUCGAAAGAACCAGAACUGAGGCAGGACUAUUUCAGAGCGCCAUUGCUAGAGAGAUUGACAAAGCCAUCGAGAAGAAGCACAUUCGUCAUGAAUCAGCCGAGUACCAGGAAGAGCAGCGACAGAGGAGGGCAAGACGAGAGGCACGCAGAGCACAGGAGGAAGCAGAAGAAGCUGAAGCUGAGGCUGAGCGAAGGAGAGCAAGACGAGAGACUCGAAGAGCACAGAAGGAAGCUGAAGAAGCGGAAGCGGAAGCGGAGCGUCGACGACGGCGGGAAGAGAGGAACAAAGGCAAGGAGAGAGCAGAGCCUGUUCCAGUUUCUCCACGCGAAGGAGCAAGCGAAGCAGGAGGUGGAACGCGACCGAGCAGACGGAGGCCAAGUCAUGCGGGCUCCUACAGCGCUGGUAGCAAUUCAGAAGCCGUAGGCCCUCGAACUUUUCUGAAGAGAAUUGGAACUGGCGAGAGUGAUACUGGUGUACCCUUGUUGUUCAGGAUUAAUGACCCAGAACCACCGCGAGACAGGCAUCGAGAUGGAGAAAGAAGUCAUCACCGCCAGAGACAUCGAGAUCAUGACUCUGAUCGGGCACAAGAAAGCGCAGGCGAAGGCAGCUCUCGACAGCAUAAUGAUCCCGGGGGCCGACCGCAUCUGUCAAGGCAUUCGAGCUCGCGGCACUAUCACGACUCUCGUCCAAAACCGAAGCUAGGGGUAUUUGGGAAGGUGAUCAACAGCAUUGUUGAACACACUCAAUUGGGAGAGUUAUUGCGGCCGGUUGGCGCAUGAAACUUGGAUGGGUACAUUGGUCGGCGUCCGAUGGAUCAAAAUUAGGGGACCGGCGAUGGAGACAUGGAAGAGAUUCCGCACGGGCAGCGGUUGUACGAUCAUGGGACAUUCAUUCUACGAUGUGGUCGAGUGGGUGGUACAUUGU